CUCUCUCUCUCUCUCUCAGACAUCAGCUCAUCGUAGUCUGUGUCUUCCUUUAAUAAAGAGCUUUGGCUUCUUCAUAACGAAACAAAUUUCUCUCUCUCUAGGUCUCUGUUAAAGUGCGUGCUGGUGUGUGUGAGUGUGUGAAGGUGAAGGAUCUCAUGGAGUACGAGAGGAUACAAAAGGUUCAGACUGGUAUGAUAUCUCCAAGUAGAUUGAGGAUGAAACUAAUGGGGCCUCAACAUCCGAAGAAAAAGGAGGAAUCAAACUGUGGCUCUUCAAGAACAUCUCCUGCCAGGCUCGAGGAUUCCAAGUUAGUGAAGAACAGCCUGUUGGCAACCCAAAGUGGAAAUUUUGAUGAGGAGGCUUGCAGUUUAGAAGUUCCACCAUUUAAGUAUGGUAAUUUGCUGUCAGACGCUGACCACGGUGAUUGCAGUUCCUUCCAGCAGAAGGAGCAUACCCUGAGGGAAAAUGGGAAUCCUAGCAGUGCAAAAAUGCAGCUCGUCCCGAAGUCUGAUAGCAGCAAUUUGAGUUUAGUACACCCCGUCAGAACAUAUGAAGAUGAAAAUCUUGAUUAUGAUAGUACAUCGAGCUUUGAAUUUCACAAAGGGGAGAGAACACAACACCAUUCCGUGGCACGGUCAUUCCUGGGACCUAUGCCUUCCAAAUGGAAUGAUGCGGAGAAGUGGAUUAUGAAUAAGCAAAACAUGCAAUCUAACCACUCAAAGAAGACGAAUAUAAAUCCUCAUAACCAACCGAACCGGAUGAUAGCUGUGAAUUCGGUUCGAGUUGAUCCAGAGUCCACUAGUUAUGAAUAUAAGUCAUCAGUUAAGAGGGUAGAAUUUAGUCAACCUGCAUCAGGGACAGGUUCAGGUAAUUUUGGUUCAAAUUCAGUGAAUGGAACGAAUGCGUUAAUUGAUUUCUGCCCUGAAAGCAAGGAUUUGACGGAGUUUGACAGUACAGGAUUGUCUUCUACAAAGAGCACUAUCGAAGAUGCUACAGGCAUUCCUUCCGUAAGGGCAGUUUCAAUGAGAGACAUGGGAACAGAAAUGACUCCUAUUCCAAGUCAAGAACCUUCAAGAACUGCUACUCCAGUUAGUGCCUCAACCCCACUCCGCAGCCCAAUUUCAUCUACACCAUCUACUCCUCGUAGAGUGGAGCCAGCACCCACACCAACAGAGCAUUCUUUUGGCAAUGCAUUAGAAUAUUCUACUGCAAACAGGAAAAAAGAAUCUUCCGAGUUAGACCAAAAGCUCAAGACCAGAAGAGAGAUUGUAGCCCUAGGUGUCCGACUUGGCAAAAUGAACAUUGCCGCUUGGGCAAGUAAGGACGAGAAAGAGAAAAGUAUAUCUGGAAAUGAAAUUGUCAGAGCAGAUGAUGUUCGACAAAUGGAGUAUUCAAAACGAGCAGCUGCAUGGGAAGAAGCUGAGAAGUCCAAACAUGCCGUCAGGUUUAGACGAGAUGAAAUAAAAAUUCAAGCAUGGGAGAGUCAACAGAAAGCAAAGCUUGAAGCAGAGAUGAGGAAAGUGGAGGCAAAAGUUGAACAAAUGAGAGCACAAGCUCAAGCAAAAAUGGUAGAGAAGAUGGCAUUGGCAAGGCAUAAAUCCGAAGAAUUGCGGGCUGCCGCUGAGGUUAGAAAGAGUCGCCAGGCCGAGAAAACUGCUCCCAGUGUAAAGAGAUAA